AUGCACGUGCCCUGGAAAAGACUUAUUCGUUUCGUCGCCGACGACGGAAGAAUACUUCGAGGAGAACCAAUCUUACCUAAUGAUGACUUUGAUCUCGGAAAUACCACUGAAGACACCAAGCUGCAGGCAAAGGUCAUUCAAGGCUCCGACAUAUACGACACCUCAGGUCAGCUUAAAGUCACCGACGAGAUCGUGACAGUGAAGAAAUUGCUCGGGCCCUUGACCCCGGAAGAUGUCCCAAUCCUCAGAUGUGUUGGUUUGAACUACGCCACUCAUAUCAAAGAAGCUGGCCGUAAGCCGCCACCUUUUCCCUCGAUUUUCUUCAAACCAAACACCACGGUCUUUGAUCAUGGAGACGAUGUCAUUGUUCCCAGGAUUUGCCAAAAUGACCAGGCAGACUAUGAGGGUGAGCUUUGCAUAGUCAUAGGCAAAGAUGCGAAGGAUGUGGCAGUGUCAGAAGCCUUCGAUUUCAUUGCCGCUUACACUUGCGGCAACGACGUGUCAUCUCGGAAACUGCAGCGCGAUCCUGCGUUCGCUGGCAACGUGCCUCAAUGGGGAUUCUCUAAAGGCUUCGACACUUACGCCCCCCUUGGGCCCUGUCUGGUCAGGCCCGAUUUAGUCGGUGACCCCAAAGCUCUGCUCCUACGCACGACUGUCGACGGGGAAGAAAGGCAAAAGGAGAUGAUCUCUGAUCUGUUAUUUGACUGCGCCUAUCUUAUUUCAUACCUUUCCUCGGGCACCACACUGCAGAAAGGUUCGGUCAUAAUGACCGGAACACCUGGAGGGGUUGGAGGAAGCUUGAGCCCCCCUAAGUGGCUCCUACCUGGAUCCAAAAUGGAAGUCAGCAUUACGAACAUCGGAACGUUGAGGAACGGCGUCAAGUUUGCAUAG